AUGAAAAAAUGGGAUGAUGAUGCUAGAUUAAAGAGUUAUGUUAAUAAAAUUUUAAAUGUGAAAUCGACUAUGAGAAAUGAUUAAAAAAAUACAUCAAAAAGUAAUAAAUUAUAAUAAUAAUUUAAUUAGAGAGAAUUAAUAGAGAUACUGAAUAUAGUAGCAAUAAAACUUACCAUUCAGAUUUAACAGGUUUCAAAGAUAGUAUACUUUAUAAGUAAUUAGAAUUAAGUAAUAAUAGAUAAUUAAUGGAAUACAAUUUAUAAUAAUAUACGAAUAAAUUAUUAUUAAGAGGAUAUAAGAGUGGUUUACAAUAAUUAGCAUAAUAAUCUUAAGAAUCUUAGAAUAUUGUAUUACAAGAGAUUAAGUUAUUACCUGGACAUAGAUAAAAAUUUUAAGAUUUAUUUAAGCAAUUAAAUGAUCAUUUAGAAUAUUACAACGAUAAUAAUAUUUAAUUAAUAAAUCAUAAUAAUUUUGCUUAAAAUCGUAAUACUUUACCUGGAUAAUUGAAUUCACAUGGAUAAUUUGAAUAAACUAAAGAAGUAAACAUGGAAAUACUAAAACCAAUUAAUAGAAAAGCAUCUAUAAAACAUUUUACACCUCCUUAGGAAUUGACUUAAAUUAAACCAAGAGUAUUACCAAAAUUAGAAAAGGUUUCAAGUAAAGGAAAAAAAGAAAGAAAUUCUUAAGUUGAAGAAAUAACUUCUAAAUAAGUAAAUUAAUAAUUUAAGAAUAUUGUAUAGGUAUCUAAUAUAAAAGAGAUGAUUUCAAAAUAAACAUAGAAAACAGUUAAAAAUCCUUUAUAAAAUUAAACAAAGAAGAAUUUAAUUACUUAGAAAUCUUAUUAAGAAAAACCAAAUAAUAAAUUUAUUGAUAAAUUAUUAUUAAUAAAUGGAAAAAAUACUAAUGAAAUAAAUUUAGAAAAGGAAUCAAUUUAAUUGUUGUAUCAAUCUUUUGAUAAUGGAAGAUUGGCAUCAACAUUAAUUAAUAUAGAUAUAGAAGAAAUAAGUUAUUGUGUUGGGAUAUCAAUAAAUAAAAUGAUGGUUUUAGCUGAUUUAGAUUAAAUAAAAAAUAUUAGUUAACUUUAAUAGAUUGAUGAUAUAAAAUAGAGUUAAUUGGAUAGUAUAUAACAAAUAUAUUAUUAGAUUAGAAUAUAAUAAAUGAUAGAGAUGAUAAUGAAAUUAUUUUAGAUUAGACUUUUUUAUUGAAACAAGAUGAUGAUGAACAAUAAUAAGAAUAUUUAGAAGAAGAAUAAUAAUAGAAAGAUUUAGAUUAAAAUUAUAAUGAUAGUUUUGAAAAUAAUGAAUAAUAAAAUGGUAAUCAAGAAUUAGAAUGUUUAAAUCUUAACAAUUCAAGUUUUCAUUCUUAAUAAAAUAAAUAUAUUUCAAAUUUAAGUUAAUAAUUACCUUUAUCUUAAUUUUCAGUUGAUACAACAUUAAAUUUAUAAGAUUCUUAAUUAUUUAAUAAAGUUUUUAUUGAUUAAUCAUUGACAAAUUAUAUACCAAAUGUGGAUAUCAUUUAAAAUUAUUGUAAAAAUAUUAUGACAACAACUAAAAUGGAAAGAGAAGUAGCAAUUAUAUCAAUGAUUUAUAUAAAUAGAUUAUUAGAUCAUAAUUAAGGAUUAGAAAUAAAUUGUUUGAAUUGGCAAAAGAUUUUAUUUACAGCAUUAGUUAUGGCUUCUAAAAUAUGGGAUGAUGAAUCAUUUGAAAAUAAUAAUUUUGCAAAAGUUUUACCAUAAUUUUCAACAAUUCAAAUAAAUGAAAUGGAGAAAGUGUUUUUAAAAUUAAUUGAAUAUCAUCUUUAUGUCAAUUCUGGAGAUUAUGCUAGAUAAUAUUUUUUAUUAAGAACUUAUGCAGAUAAAAAAUAAAGAAGUUAUGCUGUCAAAUAAUUAGAUAUUGCUACAGUUUUAAGAUUAUAAAGAGGUGGUCAAUAAUUGAUAACAAAACAAUAAUUUUUAAAUACUUUAAAUAAAAGUUUUUGA